AUGAUUAUUCAAAAAAUAUUACAAGGAGCAGUUUUAGAUAUUGUUCAAAAGAAAUUAGUUGAUAAAUUGGCAAGCAAUAAACAAUUUCAACAAAUGUCGGUUCAAUUUAAAGAUAAAAUGGAUGAAAUUACAGGUGAAAAACCAGCAAAAAGGAAUAUACAUGGUCAUAAUAAUCAUACUCGUAGUAGUAAUCACCCACAUUCAGGUGCCCACUCAAAUAUAAAUCAUAAUAACAAUAAUAAUAUUAAUUUCCAAAAUGUAAAAUAUACAAAUGAUAUUCAUGAAAAUGCAAGAAUAUAUGAACAACAAAGAAGAUUACAGCAAAAUGGAGGUGGUGGUGAUAGUAGUAGUAGUAGAAGCAGUAAUAACAACAAUAGUACUAAUGAUAAUAAACCACAAAGUAAAAACUAUUUCACUCACUUAUUUGAAAGUUUUAAAGAGGAACUUAACGAUGAAGCUGAUAAAUUAAAUGGAAAAAAGAAAUAA